AUGUUGCACAACAGUGGUCCUUUUGGACCUAACGAUGUGCCAAUCAACAUGGGCGCGCCAGUAAACAUGACCCCGAUGAGUGGAGCGAUGAACAUUACAAAUAAUAUCAGCAAUUUGGCGAAAAUAGCUCAGCAACCUUCAGAAACGACUAGCGCGCAUUAUCCCGUCCCAAAUUAUCCUACAUACGGACAUCCACAUUUGAACAUGAACACUGGUGUAAAUCCAUAUCCAAACUAUCCACCUAUUGGCUACCAUCAAUCGAACUACAUCCCACAAAAUCCCUCAUCAGUUCACGAUACAAAUUGGCACAAUGGUAUGCUACCGAUGAAUUUAAAUACACAGAGCGACGAAAGUGCUACACUGAAUUUUUCGUCACCUGCAACUAAAAGACCUGAAACAAUCAAUGAUUAUAGGGAACACACUUUUCCGAGUAAAUUACCUUUGAAUGUAUCUCAGGUACCUACUAAAGCAUUCCAUAAGCACCUCAAUAUGGAAAAUAAUCAUUACAACUACCAACAUUAUACUCCUAGUCAGAGUAGUUUUAGACAUUAUACAGACUAUAAUCUUGAUUUGAGCACAAAAUCUAAAUCAGAAAUGGACCCAAGGCGUAAGAGCUUAGAGACAACUGUUAAAUUAAUUGAGAAUAUUCUUAUUAACACUACUAAAAAGAGUGAUAACCAACUGUGUAGAGACAAUGACACUGAUUUUCAUGUCAAUUCUAAACAAGCUAAUCCAAUACAAUCCUGUUCAAAUGAGGAAGAGGAUCCUAUUAGUAUUGAUUCUGGAAAGUUACAAGACGAGGAUCGAGCCGAUAAUCUGGAUGUGGACAGUCAAAGUUGUGGUUCAAAAGAAGAAAUUGACACUGACAAGAAAGAAGAAAAUAGCACCAUAGAAUCCUUGACACCAAAUGAAAGAAGAAAAUCAGAAUCAGACAAUGCUGCAGAUUCAUUCAUUCAGAAUUCUGAUGACGAACUAUCAGGGGCUGAAAGUGAUGCUCAACCAGAAGACCUUACAGCUAAUUCAGGGAAAGAAAUAUUGAACUUAGAUCCUGAUAUUGAAAUCAAAGUGGAAUCUACAAGUUGGGUAGACACAGAGUCCUUUAAUCCAUUUCAAAGGGAUGUUAAUGGCAUGCCAAUUGAAGAUGCUACUAAUGUUAACAUAAUACUUGGCGAUAGAAGUGUUGAAGAAGCUAAAGAAUCUAUUAAGAAUGAAUCAGAUGAAGAAAAGUAUUUUGAAUGUCCAAAUUGCAAUCUCCUUUUUAACCAUCCUAAAAGAUUUCUUAUACACUAUAAAUGGCACUCAUUUGGUCUUACAAAUGAAAGGAGAAUGGAAAUGGCUAGAGAGAAGGAGAUGAAGAAGAAUAUGAGAAGAGAAGCUAGAGCUAUGCAAAGGAUGACUAUGAAUGAACUAAAGGAAACAAAUGGUGCAGGCAAAAAAUAUGCUUGUAAGGAUUGUGAUAAAGUAUUUGUUGCUAGAGGGAGUUUAAAGAAUCAUAGACAGAGAUAUCAUCCGACACGCGUGAAGGAGUGCAAGAUCUGCGGGAAGACGGUUUUGGGCUGGAUAGCCCUUCGCGCCCACUUGUCUACACACUCCACUGACUCCGGCUACCAGUGUAAUGAAUGCCCCAAGAGAUUCAAGUAUUCACACUCAUUAGCGAAGCAUAAGGAUACUCAUUUGGAGAAAACUCACGGCUGUGAGCAAUGCCCGAAGAUGUUUGGGUCGGUGAAGCUUUUGAAGAUGCACAUGAAAACUCACGAGCGUGUCCUACGCGGGACCACCUUCCACUGCACCUACUGUGGGAAAGGAUUCUUUGAAUCGUACAGUUUGCAGGUCCAUGAGCGCACCCACAGGAAUGAGAGACCAUUCUUAUGCGAAAUCUGCAACACACGCUAUGGAACAAAUUCCAGUCUCAAGAGACAUUUGAAAGUGUCGCACAGUACGUCAAAACCAUUCGAGUGCCCAACUUGUCACCGGUCGUUCAUUUCGGAGGUCAUCCGCGAGAGACACGAGCAACGAGUGCAUGGAGACCCAGACAGUUUCAAAUUCCCCUGUAAAGAAUGCCCGUGCAAAUACUUAAAAGCCAAGGACUUGAGGAAGCACAUGUACAAAGUACAUCCUAAAGGGAGGCGGAAGAGGAAACAACACAGCGACAGUGAAUAA